GGUCGCCUCUGGCCGCCGCAGCUCCUCCUCCCUUCGACGGAGGAGAGGGAGGGUGUGGAUUUCCCUGGCUCAGGCGAGCGGGCGGACGGAGGGAGGGAGGGAGUGCUCGGCUGUGAAUCCCAGACCAGUCCCGCGGUGGCAGCCCAGGCAGGACCCCACCCUGAGCAGAGAGAGAAGAGGCAAGAGGCUUCCCCCUGGGCUGGCUGCGUGCAGGCCGGCCAGGUAACCUGAGCUGACUGUGGGUGUUCCAUCUCGUUCAGUCUGUCAAUACGUAAUGGUAUUACUACUUAGCUGCAGUCCUGUAUGUCUUCAUGAAUGGCUUUCAGAUAGUGAGAAAGAGACACUGUAAGGAAUGGAGCUGGCUCAUAGCUUAUUGCUUAAUGAAGAGGUUUAUAACCACCUGGGUGAACUUCAGAAAGCAGAAUUUGUUUUUGAAUGGUUGAGAUUUUUGGAAAAACUGUUACCAGCAACCAGUCGGGCUGACAUAAGGGAAAAACAGACCAAACUGGUUGAACAACUGAUACUUUUAUUAACAAGUUCACCAGGACCUCCUGCCAGACAGCUCAUUGCCAAGAACCUUGCUAUCCUUUAUAGCUCUGGAGACACCUUUUCUGUUCACCAGACAAUUGACAAAUGCAAUGAACUUAUUCGCAGUAAAGAUGAUUCACCAAGUUAUCUACCCACAAAACUUGCUGCAGUUGUUUGUCUGGGCUAUUUGUACAAAAAGCUGGGAAGAAUUUUGGGCAACAGCUUUGUGGAUACUAUAGGGAAUGUCCUUAAAGCAAUGAAGAAUGCAGAGUCUCAAGGGAGGUAUGAGAUCAUGCUAAGUUUGCAAAAUAUAUUGAAAGGUCUGGGAGCUGCUGCCAUUCCAUGUCUCAGAGAUAUUUACAAAGCUGCCCGGUCAUGCUUAACGGAUAGAUCAAUGGCAGUUCGCUGUGCUGCUGCAAAGUGUCUUCUAGAACUUCAGAGUGAAGCAACAUUUAUGUGGAGUACAGACCUGGAUAGUGUGGUGUCUUUGUGUUUUAAGUCCUUUGAAGGAUCUAACUAUGAUGUACGAAUAGCUGUUUCUAAGCUUUUAGGCAGUGUGUUGGUUAGUGCUGUAACAUCUAAACAAGGCACAGCUUCUGCCAGACACAAUGUUCGUAAAAUCUCAUUUGGGGAAGCUUUGGAACUGCUGGGAACAGGCUUCCUUCGUGGGAGUUCAGGAUUUCUACGAGCCAGUGGUGAUAUACUGAAAGGGACCAGCUCAGUCAGCAGAGAUGUCAGAGUUGGAGUUACUCAGGCAUAUGUGGUAUUUAUCUCCACAUUAGGAGGGCAGUGGCUUGAAAGGAAUUUCCCUGCCUUGCUUUCCCAUGUUCUAGACCUAGUCUCCCAGUCUCACCCUAAAGCUGUUCAGACUCAGAUGGAUGCUAUCUGCUGCCGCCGUUGUGUUUCAUUUAUCCUCCGAGCUACAGUAGGGGGCCUUCUUGGGGAAAAAGCUCAAAUUGCAACUGCCAAGGAGAUUUGUCAAGCCAUCUGGAAGCUGAAGAAAGUUGUGGACGCUGCAAUGAGUGACACUAACGUGGAAACCCGUAUUGGUACAACAGAUAUAGUAGCAAGCCAGCAUAUGCUUAUAUGUGCCCUAGAAGAACUUGGAAACCUCAUAUAUGGUUUAGGCACUACUGCUGCACCAGUGCUGCAAGAUUCUAGUACAGGCAUUCUGGAUGCAGUGAUCUCAGUCAUUCUUCAUCCUAGCAUUUCAGUCCAGCUCGCAGCAGCAUGGUGCUUACGCUGCAUUUCUGUGGCAUUGCCCUGCUUUGUGUCUCCACUUCUGGAUCGCUGCAUUGAGCGACUCACAGCACUGAAAUCCUCCCCUGAAGCAGUGACUGGCUACAGCUUUGCUAUUGCUGCUUUGUUGGGAGCUGUCAGACAGUGUCCUUUAGGAAUUCCUCAUUGCAAAGGGAAGGUUAUUAUGAUGGUAGCUGAGGAUUUAUUGCGUUCUGCUUCUCAAAACAGUCGCAUUUCAGUACAGCGAAUGCAGUCUGGAUGGCUACUGAUAGCUGCUUUAAUGACACUGGGUCCUACAGUUGUCCAGCAUCAUCUUUCAAGAAUGCUGUUACUAUGGAAGUGUGUGUUCCCACUAUCUCCUAAAGAUUUAGAAACGGAGAAGAGUCGGGGUGAUUCGUUCACAUGGCAAGUGACACUGGAAGGCCGGGCAGGGGCUCUCUGUGCUAUCAAAUGCUUUAUUGUUCAUUGUGGGGGACUCCUUACAGAUGAAGUUAUUCAAAGACUGCUUCCUCCCCUCCCAUGUGCUGUUGAUUUACUGACACAGCUUCCUUCACUAAAUAAAGCCUAUGGCAAUCCUUUAAAAUCAUCAUCAGUGACAUACAGAAAAAGACUUUAUGAAUUGCUUACUUUGUUGCCUCCCAAAACUUAUGAAGGAAGUUUCUCUGCCAUUCUCAAAGAACUAGUGCCUGAUUUGUGUCAAACUGAUAAUCAGACGGCAACCUCUGCCACAUAUCUUCCAUCUCUCUGUCACCAGAAUGAACUUAGUUUACUUGGUUCCUUGCUACAGGAGACGGAGCAUAGAUUUAUUGAAGAGCAGAUGCUCUUGGUUAACAGUAUAGCUGGAGGAAGCCUGGAGUAUGAUCCAUAUUCUAUUUAUGAAAAAGCAACAGAAGGUGAUUCGGUGCCUAAGCCACUACCUCCAAUGUUAUCCAUUGUCAAUGCAGCAACCCGUCUCUUUGGAGUAAUAUUUCCCCACAUUGCUGAGUCCCAAAGACUGCAGGUGUUAGAACAAUUAUUGGCAUCUAUAAAACAAACCAAAGGAUCACGGCAGCAAAUAGUGCAACAGAAUGUUUUAUCAGCAUUUUCUAAUUUUCUGAAGCACUUGGCUGGCUGCAAGGGAAGUUUAGGUUCUGAAGAAAUUCGAAAGUGUUCCCUGACCUUAGUUUUGAGUGCCUUGGAAAGUAGUAACCCUGUUUUAAGGUGUUCAGCUGCAGAAUCCUUAGCCAGACUUGCACAGGUGGUUGCUGAUGGCACUUUCACUGCUGGAUUGGCACAAAUCAGCUUUGACAAGCUAAAAUCUGCUAGAGAUGUUAUAUCAAGAACAGGACAUUCUUUGGCUCUGGGAUCUCUCUAUAGAUAUCAAGGAGGAAUAAGCUCUACUCAGCAUCUGAAUGCAUGUGUUGGAAUACUUUAUACAUUAUCUCAGGAUAGCACUUCACCUGAAGUACAGACUUGGGCACUACAUUCUCUAUCACUGAUCAUUGAUUCUGCUGGCCCUUUGUAUCACGUGCAUGUGGAACCUACCCUCUCUCUUGUUCUCAUGUUGUUGUUGACUGUACCUCCUGCCUAUGCUGAAGUUCAUCAAAGUCUUGGUCGCUGUUUAAAUGCACUUAUCUCCACUUUGGGUCCUGAGUUGCAAGGCAGCAGCUCUACAGUUUCAGCCUUAAGGGCAUCUUGUCUCUUGGGCUGUGCAGUGAUGCAAGAUAAUCCUGACUGCCUUGUCCAAGCUCAAGCCAUCUCUUGCCUUCAGCAGCUUCAUAUGUUUGCUCCACGUCAUGUAAACUUGUCUAGCCUUGUAAGGUGCCUAUGUGAGAUCUUGUUGGAAAAUUCUGUGUUGGUGAAUCUUUCUAGUUCAUAUCUGUUACUGAGACGAGCAGUACUAGCUUGUUUACGUCAGCUUGUGCAGAGAGAGGCAGCUGAAGUAUCUGAACAUGCUGUUGCCCUUGCUAAAGACAGCAGAGAAGACUUUACUCCAGGCAUUAAUAUCAGAGAAGUAGGUCUUGAAGGGGCAUUGCUGAGUUUAUUGGACAAAGAACUAGAUCCAAAACUGUGCCAAGAUAUCAAAGAGACCCUGAGCCAUAUGCUUAUAUCAAUGGCUGUUGAAAAACUUUCCUUCUGGUUGAAGCUCUGCAAAGAUGUCCUUGCUGCCUCUGCUGAUUUCACAACAGUAGCUUCAGUGGAUACUACCCAAGAAGAGGAGGGUACUCAAGGGGAUGAUGAAUUGGCAUUUGCCUUGGAAAAUGAUGAAAAAUCACACCCUUUCCCCCACCCACGAUGGUCUACUAGGGUUUUUGCUGCAGAGUGUGUUUGUAAAAUUAUCGGCCAAUGUGAGGAUGCGGGCAAUGCUCAUUUUGACAUAGCUUUGGCACAGGAAAUGAAGCAAAGGGAUUCAAGAGAUGAUUUCCUAGUGUUGCAUUUAGCUGACUUGAUCCGCAUGGCUUUUAUGGCUGCCACUGAUCAUAGUGACCACCUUCGUCUUUCUGGUCUUCAGAUGUUGUUGGUUCUCAUCCGAAAGUUUGCUUCUGUACCAGAGCCAGAGUUCCCAGGUCAUGUAAUUCUGGAGCAGUAUCAAGCAAAUGUUGGUGCAGCUCUUAGACCAGCCUUUACUCCAGAAACACCACCUGAUGUAACAGCAAAAGCAUGUCAGGUUUGCAGUGCCUGGAUAGCAAGCGGUGUAGUAAGUGACCUUAAUGACCUUCAAAGGGUUCAUCAAUUACUUGUGACAUCUUUGAUUAAAGUUCAGGCUGGGAAAGAAGCACAAAGUCAAGUGUACAAUGAAGGCACAUCGACUAUGGAGAUUUUGGCUGUGCUAAAAGCUUGGGCAGAGGUUUAUAUAGUUGCAAUUCAAAGACAGAAAAAACAAAAUGAUGUCAGCAGGCCACCCUUGGUCAUAAGCAUCACGGAGGAGAGCAACAGAGAUCAGACAUCUUCAGUGGAUGAACUUUUGGAGCUAGUCCAAGCAGACCUGGGUAAUCUGAGCAAACUUUGGCUUGCUGCACUCCAGGAUUUUGCUUUUUUGACUUUGCCUUCAGAAUACACCUCUCAGCUUCCUGCUGAAGGCGGUGCUUUCUAUACUGCAGAAACAAUGGAAAAUUCAAGACCACACUAUCAAAACUCCUGGGCCCCAAUUCUUCAUGCUACAGCAUUGUGGCUCACCAGCACAGGUUUUCUUGUGGGUGAUUCAGAUGAAGGUCUGUCUAAUCUCUCUCGACCUGUCACCCCAACUACCAUGUGUCAAGACUCUACAUCUCGGGCUGCUGUAAAAUCACCUGAGGAUGUGAAUACUGACAGAUUUCACCUUGUCUUGGGAAUUACUGUGGAAUUCCUCUGUUCUCCUCGAUCAGAUGCAGCAAUGGAAAAUAUUACUGCUUGUCUGCAUGCCCUCCAAGCACUACUUGAUAUCCCUUGGCCAAGGUCUAAGAUUGGUGGUGAUCAGGAGCUGAGUGUUGAGCUACUGAAUGUUUUACAUCGACUUAUACUGACCAGAGAGUCUCCUGACAUUCAACUUGCUGCUCUAGAAGUUGUUCAUCAGAUACUUUUUGCAGCUCAGGAACAUGUCAAGGAAAAAAGGAGAAGUGCAGAAGUUGAUGAUGGUGCAGAAGAAAAGGAAACAUUGCCAGAGUUUGGAGAAGGCAAAGAUACAGGAGGAUUGAUACCUGGGAAGUCCUUAGUCUUUGCAACACUGGAAAUGUGUGUGUGUAUUCUUGUAAGACAGUUGCCUCAGCUUAACCCUAAGAUAACAGGCAGCCCUGGAAUUAGCACUGGAAAACCUCAGUUAUCGGAGAAUGGAAGCAGACUAGUAUCAGCAGCAUUGGCUAUCCUUGCUGAUGUUCCUGCAGUCUGCUCACCAGAAGGAAGCAUUGCCGUUCUUCCUACAAUCUUGUACCUUAUUAUUGGAGUCUUCCGAGAAACAGCUGUGAAAUUACCCACUGGUCAGUUACCUUUGACAGUAGCUGCAUCAUUACAAGCUCUAAAAGGAGUGUUGUCUUCUCCCAUGGCUCGGGCAGAGAAAAGCCGAACUGCUUGGAAUGAAUUACUCCGUGGUGCUUUGGUCACUAUUCUUGAUUUUUGGGAUACAGAUGAUGCUCGCCAAGAAUUGGAUGAAGGAAGUCUACUCACGGCAGUCACAAUAUUUAUUUUGUCUACAAGUCCAGAAGUUACUACAAUGGAAUGCCUUCAGAUAUGUUGCAUUGAAAAGUUUAAAUCAGCACUGGAAUCGAAAGAUCCUACUGUACAGCUUAAAUGCUACCAGCUUCUCCUUACCAUUUUUCAAUAUCCAAAUCGAGCUAUUUCAUAUUGUUACAUUCAUUCAUUAGCAUCAUCAAUUGUAGGCAAACUCCAGGAAACGGAGAAAGCUAAACCUGAGAAUUCUGCUGAACUUAAAGUUAUCCAAGAAGGGAUAAAAGUGGUGGCUGCUGUAAUAGCUCUUGCUGAGGAGGAGCAUCGAACUCAGCUAGUGGCUUGCUUUCUACCAAUGCUCAUUGCUUUUCUUUUGGAUGAGAAUGCCCUAGGAUCAGCCACAAGUUCAGCAAAGAGUCUACAUGAGUUUGCUUUGCAAUAUCUGAUGCAGAUUGGUCCACAGUACUCUUCAGUCUUUAAAAAACUGAUGGCCUCUUCUCCACCAAUGAAAGCCAGACUUGAAUCAGCUGUGAAGGGUAAUCAGGAAAGCAUAAAAGACAAGACAACAGCUAAGCAUGCAGAGAGUCCUGGAAAAAGUUCAAGUAUCCAACUGAAGACAAACUUUCUGUGAAAUAACUUGUUUUAAAUCCUAAGCACUUUGUUAUACAAAAAGUUCAUUUUCAUUUCUAAUUAUUCUCGUGAUAAAGUAGUACUUUUGUUUCCAGUUCAGUUUUGUUUAACUUUAAUAAUGUUAGCAUAUUAUAGCCACAUUCCCAAGGAGUGCAAACGUGUACCUUCGUAUGUGUAUCUAUUGAUCUUAAUGAUGACCUGGUAUCCUUCACAAUGUGGGCUUUGCACCUGUGCAACAGUCCCUUUGGAAGAAUUUCAAGCUCUGCAUAGCAUCCUGAAGCUCUGCCCUUCACGUGCAGAGAGCGCUUGGUAUCUUUGGCACCAGAGUGCUUAGUGUCUCAGUUCCUUCAUGACUGCCAUCAUGAAUGGUUCCCUCAGUUUUUGCUGCUUGUGUUCAGUUCCUGAAAGAAACAAUUUAUGGUUUGCUUUAUAAGUUACACUGAGAUUGUAGUUUUCUCUGACUACUCUUCGUCUGAUGUUUGGAAUUUCCCUCUAAAGGACUCAAGGAAGACUUUUAAGCAGUGUUCUUCUUCUUUCUGCUUAAAACCCUCCCCUCUUCCGACAAACACAACCUUUGUUUGCUCUGUCUUGGGGAAGAUUAUAAUAUCAGUCCCUGUAAAAUUUGCUUUUCCCUCAGAAAAGCAUAGAAUUGUGCUUAAGAGCAGCACCUUACAAAAAGGCCCUUUGGUAGUUGACCCCAAUUCUGCACUCUCUGUUGUCGCUGACACUGUCGACGUCCACGCUGUCCAAGUUGGACUUGACUCCGAAACCUUCCUCUGCUUCCCCAACUUUAAAAAAAGCUUUGUGAUGUCUCUAAAGAUAGCCAUAGUCAUCACAAAAAGUGUACACAUGGGAAGGAGGACUCUCCCUCAAAACACCGGAAAAGCCGCCCGCUGCUUUCAGCGUAGCCUCGUCAACCACCGCCUACUACGACGCAGGAUGUCUUUCGAACGCCAUCCCCAGCGGUUGUUCAGGCUGUUCCCUCGCAUUCAUCCUCUUCUUCGUUGGAGGUGAUUGAAGUAACUUGCACAGCUCCACCCCCAACAACGGCAUUGACACUGAUUCCGACGUCUAUCUCUGUGCCCAUGCCGAAAUGAGGCUCUGCCAGGAUCCAAGCAUUGUUGUCGCUAUCUACCUCAACCGAGCACACGUCUGCCAAGUACAUGCCUGCUUUUUCGACUGCUCUCCCAACAUCUGUCUUUAGAUUACAUUUGCCUUCGAAACUUUGUGUCAAAGGACUUUCCUCUCUUACACAACAUCAAUCCAUUCUGGCUUCUCCAAUGAUGACACCUUCUGGCUUCACCUUUUAGAGGUUUUUCCCUCCACAGUCUUGGUGCUGACAAUGCAGCUAGCUUGGACGCCUUUGAGAUUCCUAAGACACCAUCUGCAUCUCCAGUAUGUGCAACUCCUUGCUGCUCUCCAUCUCACCUUCCUGUCCAAGCCUAGAAGAAAAGGCUUAAUUUCUCACUCACUGCCUACUUUCCUUACUGGAGAUGGCUGGACUAUUGGAGCUUCUCUGGGGCCCUGGACUCAGGUUUUAUCAGGAGGCUGGGGAGAUUUAAAAACCCUUCUAUACAUGCCUUGCCCAUCUCUGCCAUAUGAUUAUGAAGAGGUCUGGCUUUGGAAGCUCAAGAGACUCCAGUCUACCACUGCUUCUCAAGAUCUGUCAUCACCUGUCCUUGCAGACCCAUCCUUCAAGUGUCCACUGGACCCCCCUUCUGUGCCACAACCCCCUAUGGCACCUCCUCUUCCUUUACCUAUGGAUCCAGCCCAUCCAGCUUCGCCUGUCAAACUAGCUACCCGCUGCACACCUGCUAUUCCAGAAAAGAACUUCUCCAACCUUGAGUACACCUCUUUCCCUUACUCUUACACUGGAUCCACACAUAUAGACAACCCAUCGGAUCCUUCUUCCGAUGACAAUGUGCCAAAUAAUCCAUGCAACUCUCCUACUGAGACCCAAACAUACCACAUCUAAAAAGCCAAAAUGGCUAGAAUUAUUGGCUUUGAACUAAAAUCUCCAGCCCCAUCUGUUAAGGAUUUUGUUGCCUCUGCUACAACUUCCUAGCCUGCAGCACUUCUCAUGCUGCCAGUACUGAUUAAUUCAGCAAAAGGUGCCUGAGAUGCUUCAGAUACUGCCACAUCUACCUCCAAAAGACUCAAAAAUUUUAGAUUCAAGGAGCUUGAUUGCAGGUUUCUAUUUAAGCACCCUCCACCUAAUUCGCUUGUUGUGGACUGUGCACUGAGCAGCAAGUCCAGUCAAAGGCUUUCUGCCCCACUGACAAAGAAGGCAGAAAGCUAGAUUCCAUUGGCCAGAAAAUUUAUUUGCUAUAAUGUCUAUCCAUGAAAAUAGCCAACUAUCUGGCCUGGAUAGCCAAAUUCCAUUAUUCAGUCUCGGAAGGGUUCAAAAUGGGUGGAUAUUUCAUGCCAAAGUAUUAAGUAUCACCAAACAACUUAUGGAAACAGAAUCCUGCACCAUGAUUAGCACCUUCUCUCUAAGGUGUCACACCUGGCUCUGUUCGUCCUCUCUGCAACCUGAUAUGAAAGAUAAGAUUUGAUAGGGAAGGCCUCCUCAGCUCUGACAGAUGAGACUAUGCAACAUAUGAAAAAGUAAAAGUUUACAGCUAAAGCUUUCACUUGCUCCUCUGCUCUACAGUCCUACUCCCAGAGGUUUAAGAGAUUCAACAGACCUCAAUACCAGUACAACCAAGCUGAGUGAAGGGAUAACAAAGUCCUUCCAAUACUCUCAAAAGUGUUCCUUCUCUCAAAGGGGUAGCCACAAUGCAUCAGCAUCCAGCCAAGCAGAGUCUUUUGAUUCCCAGGUUCCCCUGCCUGUGGGAACUUUUAUCCCCAUUCUUUCUAUCUGGCAUUUUAUCAUAUCUGACACCUGGAUGCUAAGUGAUACGAUAUGAAAAUAUCAUAAAAUAUGAUAUGAUAAAUAAAAUAAAUGUCUCAUCUCCACUAGCUACUAGACUCCCUGCUCUGGUGGGCUCUACCAGAAAACCUAGCAAUGGGUAUCCCCUUCCAUCCUCCUGUUCCUACCAUAACACUUAACAUGGAUGCCUCCCUGAAAGGGUGGAGUGCUUACUGUGCAGGGUUCCAUACAGAACCACCAACAGUCACUCCUUCACAUAAACCUUUUGGAGCUCUUGGCUGUUCUCUUGCCCCUGAAAGCUUUUCUACCAAUUCUGAGUGGCAGGACACUCCACAUCCUGUUCAACAACAGGAUCACAAUUACUAACAUCAACUGCCAGGGCAGCACAAUAUCAAAAUCCCUCUGCAACCCAUCAGUUCAGAGAUUGAUAGGUUUAUAGAUUGGUCUAUAAACUAUCAAAUCUACCCACUGGCCCUUCACAUAAAGGGCAUUGACAACAUGUUAGCGGAAAGUCUCAGCAGAGAAAAAAACCUCUCUUGCCAAUAUGAAUAGGAGGUCAACCACGAUGUUGUCUCUAUUUUCCUUCAUUGGUGGACUCCCCAAGUAGAACUUGGUGACCCAGAACAACAAAGUGCUGCCUCUUCUGCUCAAGAGCGGCAGUGGGCGUACAGUCCCUGCGGGAUGCCUUUCAAAUAGCCUAGGCCACACAUCUGUUCUACUUCUUCCCAACUUUCCUUCUUUUGUCACGUAUUCUCAGUGAAAUCCUAUAGCACAAGACAAAAUUCAUAAUACACCAUGGUGACUGAAGCAGCCGUGGCUCUCCCUUCUCUUAUAACCGUACUGAAGCCUCCAUUGCUGCCUGGAUUGUGCCUGGAUCUUGUCUCCCAGAACAGAGGUUAGGUGCUCCAUCAUGGCCUCUGGACAUUGAACAUGAUGACCUGGAGGCUGAACCUUUAGAGCAAAUAUUGCUCCAUGAGUGGAAAGCCUCUACCAGACAACUAUACCUGUAAAUGGAAGAGGUUUGUCAAAUAUGCAAAAUUAUGGGCUUCAAAGCAACUGUUGCCUUGGUCAACCAAGUCCUCCUGUUCUUGACUUCCCUGAAACAUACUGGCCUUUCCAAUUCAUCCAUAAACGUCCAUAUGUCAGCCUUGUCUGCAAGAACACAACAGCAGUUACUAUAGGGUUCUAACAAUGACAAUCAAGCCAAAGAACCCUAAAUAUCAUUAAAAUACCCAACACAACUCAUUAAAUAUAUAAACUAUGAUGUUUAUAUCAAGACAAUAAAAUUAUUAUUAAAAUUCUUAUAAACCAAAACAAGUCAAAUAAAGACCCACAUGGAUUCCAAAAACUAUAGACUAAAAGAUCCCAAAUUUCCCAAAGAAACAUCUCAGUCCAUUAAAUAAUAUGAUCCUAAAAUCCCAGAGCUUUUAUCUCAGUUUCACUAGAUUUACUCAAACCUGAUUCCCAAAUGUCCUUUACAAAUAAGGUAUCAGAUGAAAUCUUAGAAUGAAUCUUCAAGAGAGAAAUUAUUCACAAAAUGCCAAAUCACAUCUCCAUUAAAUAUGAUAAAAUUAGUUCUCAGAUGAAAUGAAUAUCUUUCUCAAGUGAAAUAUAAAAUGGAAUCACAAAAAUUCUUCAUGGUAAUACAUAUAUAAAAUACCAAGUGUUGAAUCACAACUCCACCAGAUAUCGUAAAAUCCAGUUCUCAGAUGAAGUGAAUGUCCUUCCCAAGUAGAGUUCCAAAUGGGAUCACAUAAUUUUUUAAAAAUGAGAAUAUUUAAAAUGCCAGACACAUUUCAACAAGAAGUCUUCCUCAAUGACAUUCCAUAUCCCUCAACUAUCUAAAAACAAACACAAUAAAUUGCUAAUAACAUACAAAUAAAACCAUAAAAACUUAUACAGAUUGGGUUAUAUAAUACCUUUGCCAUAAUAAGUGCUUGGAUACAUUAAGAUAUUGUAACCAUAGCCAGAUCUCAUUAUCCACAUGCCAUUUAUAAAACACCUUAAGAACUAAAUUUAGAUUCAUAGAUUCAUACACAUAUGCAUAUCACUCUCUAUGUAAACAUACACAUUUGUCCACAGUUAUACUAUACCACUCAUAACACAGCCACCUAAUGGUGCAGCAGGAAAAUGACUUGACUAGCAAGAAGUUGCCAGUUUGAAUCCCCGCUGGUAUGUUUCCCGGACUAUGGGAAACACCUGCAUUGGGCAGCAGCGAUAUAGGAAGAUGCUGAAAAGCAUCAUUUCAUACUGCGUGAGAGAUGGCAAUGGUAAAUCCCUCCUGUAUUCUACCAAAGACAACCACAUGGUUCUGUGGUAAACAGGAGUUGACACCAACUUGACGGCCCACUUAAUUUUAUUCAUAACACAUCUUGUAGUUUUAUUUCACCCAUCCAAAAAACUGUAUCUGAUUUAUCUAAAGAUCGCCCUAUAUAUUCUCAGAUCUCCAAUCAAAAUCAAACUUAAAAUUAGACUUCUUAAAUAUAUCUGCCAUAUGAAGAUAGUAUUGAUUUGUAGAGUCUUUCGCAUGUAUCCUCGUCCAGAGGUGCUCUUACCCCUGAACUUCCAGGUGGAAGUCCAGGGCCUCCACACCCCCUGUGGAGCCCCCCAAUUCUCUUCAGUCUGUCCUGGUAUGGACGCUGUGCCACUGGCCCUUUCUGCACCAGGCAGCCGAGCAUAACUGUGAUGUAUGCUGAGAAGCUGAACAUGACCUCUGCUUUAGAGACAGAGCAGGGAGUGGAGAAAGAAAGAUGUGGUAUGGAAAUAUGUUUCUGCUAAUACAUAUUUGCAUAAAUAUAUCUGUUUUAUAUUCUUGUGAGUUCAGUUGCUGUUUGCCGUCAAGAACCGACUUGUUAAAAAUAAUGCAUGUGUCAUGGGGUGUGUGUGUGUAUGUAUAGAGGGCUGAUACUUAACUUGUGGCGGGGUAGAGGGGCUCCAAAGGCCUUUAGAUAUAGGUUCCAAAAUUACGUAGGUGCAACUCUGACCUCUUCUACUCACAGUAGUUCUUGCCAUUACUGCUGCUCAGAGAGUUGGCAGACUCGUCACCCUAAGAGCUGAUGUUCCUUUACUUUGUCCCUAAUAAAGUUGUGAUGCGAACUGAUUCCUCCUUACCUAAAGUGGUCUCAGAUUUCCAUUUUAACCAGGACAUUGUUCUCCCCCCGGGAAUGCUCUCUGCAUUCCCUGGACGUCCGGAUGGCAGUUCUCUACUACUUGGACAGGACCAAGAGCUUUAGAAAGUCUGAAAGACUCUUCCUAGCCUUCGAAGGUGCUAAUAAGGGCCAACCUAUACCCUGCCAAAGACUUUCUGAAUGGCUAGUCCAACUAAUCAUUAUCUGUUGUAACAAGCAAGGUGUUAAGCCUCCUGACACCAUCAAAGCCCAUUCCGCCAGGGCCACCUCUGCUGCCCACUUACCCAGCAUUGCCUUUUCUGAAAUACAGAAAGUCACCACUUCGUCUUCUAGCUUAGCUUUUGUAAAACACUAUGCCCUGAAUAUCCACGCUACGUCUGAGGCUGGUUUGGGGUGGGCUUUACUUUUAAAAGUUCUAUAGUUUUACAUUCUCAGACCUUCUUCCUUCAAAGAGAGCUUGCUAUUCAUCCACAUUGUGAAGGAUACCAGAUCACUGUUAAGAUAAACGGGUUGCUCACCUGUUAAGUUUUGAUCUUUUGGUGAUCCUGUAUCAUUCACAACACCCACCCAGCUUCUCCCCUCUUUCGGAUGUACCUACUGCACUUACCUUAGUUACUUUGUAAAGUCCAUUUUACACAGUGGCCUUUCAGGAACUGAGAGACUAAACACUCUGGUGCCAAGGAUGCAAAGUGCGCUCCGCACACAAGAGGUUGACCUUCAGAGCGCUAUAAAGAGCUUGAAAUCCUUCCAAGGGGACUAUUGCACAGGCACAGAACCCAUGCAAAUGACACUAGCUCACCAAAAGAUCAAAAGUUACAGGUGAGCAACCUGUUUAUCAGGAGAUUGACUGGUAGUAGCAGGCACUGUGUGUACAGCUGUGGCUUCUGGAUAUGGAAAUGGCAACCAUGUGUUGUACCAGUUUGUAUAUACAAUUCCUGGUGUAGAAGAGGGCUUCUCUUGCUCAACUAGAACAAAUGCUGCAUUUUAAAAAAAUGCAGUGUUAUGACUCUCAUUGUGUUUGUUUCUAAAUACUGAACAGUAUUCUGCAUACAAGAUAUCAAAUAUUUUAUUAGGUAUAUCAGAACCUGUGAAAUGUUUACAUUUAAUAAAACUGCAUAUUUAUGUGACAUUUUGAUCUUAGCACAAGUUAACAGGAAAGAAAUGCCUGUGAUUUGCCAGUGCAUGUUCCAGAACCACACAUGCAUCUGGACUACUUGCAUUUGAUUUUGGUGUACCAGCUCCCAUUGGGGAAUAAAGAAAAAAAAUUAGAAUUUUGAAAAGCAGUUUACAGAUUAUUGCUGAGAGCUGCUUCAGCAAAAAUCCUAUGGAAUUAAUUAGUGUAUGUUCAUUGUUGGCUCCCAUGGAGUGUGGUGAAUGAAAGAGGUAAAAUUCUCUCCUGCUGGGGUUAAUGGCACAAAAUAUGUGGCUAGCUUCACUGAAAACAUUGCAGUGAUGCAUGAGUGAUGUAUGAUGCAUUGUCACUAGGGCUACAGGGUGGCACAUCAAAUGUGAGUGUUGGCUUGAAUAUAUUUGGAAUACUAUUUAAUCAAACAUUAAGCUGCAGUUAUUGUUAAAAAUGCUAAUUUUUGCCACCUGAAUCAAUAAAUUACUUGCAAUUCUGUAAUGUGUUCCAGCUGCUAAUUUAACAAACAGCAUCAAGUAAAAAUAUUAAAAAAUUCUUGUAGUCCAUACGUUUGUAAAAUGACUGUUAAGUAUUUCAAAUCCAGCUAUUUUAAGGUAUUAAUAACUUCAAAUUCCUCUGAAUUCUAAAGCUCAACAGCUUUAUGAAAAUCUUCUCGUGCAGUAGUUUGGAACACUUAUGGUUGCAGAGUUAAGCACAUGUGUAUGUUUGAAGCCUUAUUGCUCCUUAGAAAGUCCCAGUUAUUCAAUAAAUCUCCUUCUUAAAUUUUAAUAGGAUAAACAGUUUCACUAAUUUUAUGCAAGUGCCUUUGCAAAAGGCAUAUCAUGAUCAUUUCAUGAUCUUCCUGUGAUCAAACUGACAUGUACAGUAGGUCAUGCACAUCCAGGUGCAUAUUAUUCUAAGAAAAAAGGGAGACUUAUUAAAGUGGGCUUGUGUUAAUCUGUCAUGAGAACAGAACAAAAUGGUACUUUCUAACACUGGCUUAUUUUAUUAUAGAAGUCAAUUACUUCAGUUAUUAAUUUUAAGAAUAGUAUUAGCAGCCAUUGCAUUGUUCUUUUAAUGCCAGUAUUACUCGAUAUAAACCAAAUGUUAGGAGAACUGUAGUAUUUCUGUCUAAGAAUUGGUGGGUGGGGUGGGCAGAAAUAGUAUCUAUAGAAGACUCAGGAAGAGUGUACUGUAUUUUACUAUAUAUAUUUUGUACAUAAAAUUGUAAAUUGUACAGAAUUAACCGCUUGAACCAAAUUCUAAUGAAUCAUUUUCUAAUUUACAUAAAACUAAUUUUCUUCA